AUGGAAACCAUCAAAUUAAGCAACGGUGGUUCGCUACCCGCUCUUGGUCUUGGGACAUGGAAAAGCAAACCAGAUAAGGUCACCUAUGCCGUGGAAAUGGCGAUAAAAGCUGGAUACAGACACAUUGACUGCGCAGCGGUUUAUGGUAAUGAAAAAGAGGUCGGACAGGCUUUAAAGUCUUGUAUCGGAAAAACGGUACGGAAAUUUUAUGGACUGAUUCUCUUUGAUUCUCUCUGACCCUCAGUUAGUAAAGUCGAGCGAAAGAGCGGGCUGGGAAAGCGACAAACUUACAAAAUAUGGCCAAAAAAAUGUUAAAAGUUUUUGCAGGGCUUUUAUCCGGUCUAGAUUUGCCUAUUAUGUUUACAUAGCUUCUUUCACCGCAAAAGGACGUGCUUGUGCCUACCAAGGAGCGAGAAUAUGCAUACUGAUGUUGAGUACGAAGGGUUAAUUAAACCCUCAGCAUUUCUUGUAGCUUCCCUGACUGCUCGCUGGUGCAGUUAGUUCUGAGUUCAGUAAAGUACAGUGGGCGAUGAAAUACUUGGCUUAGAACGCAACACAACAAUGCAGCCAGAUCUUGAAGCCAGACUUCUUCAGCUGAAUUGGAUCUCCUUCACAAAAGACAGGGAUUCAUUUCUUUCCUUGUUUUGUAGGUGAAUAGGAAAGAUUUGUUCAUCACAUCCAAGUUAUGGAACACAAAGCACAACCCCACUGAUGUGCAUUCUGCUGCAGAGCAAACUCUUAGUGACUUAGGACUCAAUUAUCUUGACUUGUAUCUCAUACACUGGCCUGUAUCCUUUAAGGAUGGUGAUGUCAGUUUUCCAAAGGAUGAUGAUGGAAAUAUUAUUUAUGCAUACCAUGAUCCAUGUGAUACUUGGAAAGCAAUGGAAACACUUGUGGAUGAUGGUCUUGUCAAAGCAAUUGGUAAAAACUACUUUCAUGGGAUUUCUAACAGAUGUAAUUAUACAAAUCUCUGAGAUUUCAGAAAUAAAUUGGCUCUUAUUGUUGAAGCCUUAAUCUCGGUUUUUGUGAGGUGAAUGGGUAAAGGUCAAAGGUCAAAGGUAAAAUUCUGAAAAUGGAUCAAGUGGCUAAAGCUCGGUUCAGACGUCAUACUUCAGCCAUGCCAAACCUAAUUGCAAUUAGGAAAUAAUUUAUUAAUUUUGUUUGGCUUGGUAGAGGAAUGAUGUUUGAAUUGCUGUUAUGUUAGAGUUGUGCAGCUCUUUCAGUCACUGAGCAGAGCCUCAUGAACUUAAUUCUUUACCUAACUAAAUUAAAAAGUUUAACUCAAAUUCUGUGCUUCAGCCUUCCUUUUCUUGAACUUAAGUACUGAAUGAAGUGUGUCACAGCAGCUGCAUGGUGUCUGAACGAGACCUCAUUUUGCUAGCAGAGCCUGAUUUCUAUAACCUAAAGUUACCAGCACAACAAAGGUUUCACCUCACCCCACCCCCCUGCAUUUGAUCAGGUUUCCCUCAUAGGUGGCAGAAGGUACCCAUUUAUGCUCCUGGGUGGAGAGAAGCACUGUAUCACAAAGCUGCCAGUACAUCACAGGGUUUACACCACCCUACUCCCCUGCAUUUCAUCAGGUUUCCCUGAUAGGUGGCUGUAGGUACCCAUUUAUACUCCUGGGUGGAAAGAGGCACUGUUUCACAAAGCUACCAGCACAUCACAGGGUUCACCCAACCCCCCCCCCCUCUAUUUUGGAUCUCUUGACCAAUUGCCUAGAUCACUAAGCAUUAGGCCGAUGUGUUUUUCUUGAUUGAGCUUGAGUACCAUGCAAGUUGUUUCCAUCUUUAUCAGUUUGCCAGUUUUUUUAUUUAUUUAUUAUAUUUUUUUUAGGUUUAUCAAAUUUCAACAGCAAACAAGUGGAUGAUAUCCUAUCUAAAAGCAGAAUAAAACCUGCUGUUCUCCAGGUCGAAUGUCAUCCUUACUUCAAUCAAGCUCAGCUCAUAGAACAUUGCAGGAAAAGAGACAUUGUUGGUGUGUUUAAACAUUCAACCUUGAACAACUCUUCCUGAGGGAAACAGUUCAUUUGUGUCUCAAGGCAGAGUAUCUUAGACAUUACGGGAAGCAAUGAGAAAACAGAUUAAAACUUCUUUAUAUAUUAUAUGUGCAAAUUAGAAUGCAAAAUACCAGAAUGUUAAAAAUGUCAUGCCACCUGCUGUUGUGCUAUGUAUGCAUGUGACAACAGCUGUCGGUCAAGGUUUGUGGGUUACAGUGCACUAUUACCUCUGUUGUCUUAGAGUUUGCAAGAUGUGUGAUAGGGAACAAGUCUCAUUGUUAGGUGUUAUAUGACCCUUAAGUUGACCAAUGAGAGCAUGUGUUGCUAGCAAUAUAAGCUGUAUAAUUAUCGCUUAUAAACCACUUCACUACAAUUGACAGUUUCUCUUUACUCAUACUUUCUGUUUGUAGAUUGGAAUUAAGUUCAAUCAAUUUAUACAAUAAUUUUGUCGUUAACACAGUGACAGCAUACAGUCCGCUUGGAUCCCCUGGCCGCCCACAGGCUAAACAAGAAGACUGGAGUCUACUGCAUGACCCAAAGAUAGAGGAAAUUGCCAACGAAUAUGGAAAGUCUCCUGCUCAAGUCUGUAUUCACUUUCAGAUACAGAGGGGUGUCUCUGUUAUACCUAAAAGUGUCACACCUGCUCACAUUCAAAGCAACUUUGAAGUAAGCUUUCAAUAUAUCAAGAUUAUGUGGGAUUGUUUACACAAUCAAUAGGCCACACUUUCUUUUGGUUCAGCAGUGUAAGAGCUCAGGCAAGAUCUUAAGACAAUAUGGGAAAAGUUUAUAAAUGCACACUUGCGGCUCAUGAUUUACAAACUUAUUAAGUGUUAUACCUGCACUGCAAGGGAGUUAUUGCUCCUGCAGGAAAACUUUUUAGAAAGUAUGAUCUGUUGCUUUCCUGAAACAGCUUUAUAUGGGUUUAUUGGGUGAAAGGGCAGUAGCUUAUUGACCAAUCAGAGUGUGCAUGAUAAUUCACUUAUUUUGAAUUGUCAGCAUAGACCAAGACCUGUAUCAGUGUAUUGUUUGUCUGCUGUCUCCACAGUGUCAAUAUCACAAAUGACCCUGCAAUAAGCAUGCCAGUAAUUACCAGUAAAUAAGUGAAUACAUGCCAAAACUAAUCUAAAGAAUUAUGAAAUAAAAAAACAUUUAAUAUAUUAAAGUUCACAUGGCAACCAGAUGGACAAUCAGACAUGGUUUGAUGCUACUCUGGUUUGCAGAUUUAAUGAGUGUCACUGAAGAAGUUAGUCUAGUGCCUUCAUCAGGGGUGAUCAUCACCCCUGAUGAAGGCACUAGACAGGAGUGUUGAAACGUUGGAUCUAUGAAUUGCAACUUCUUCGGUUAUAUUCAUUAAAUCUGUAAACCAGAGUAGCAUCAAACCAUGGCCAAAAAACAUGUAUUAAGCAAAAGCAGAGGAAGAAUGUUACACAUUGUAUUUGUCAGUCAAGCUAUGUACUGCCACCCACACAUGGUUCUUCUUCAUGUUUUGGUUUGAAUCAAGCUGAUGGUUUUUAUCUUUUCAAAUUGGCUUGAUACUCAUUGAAACAAACAAUAUUUUAGCAAUUAUGAGCAAAAGGUAACAACAUAACAUUCCUUUAAACAUAUGCAGGUCUUUGAUUUCAUCCUCUCUGAUGAAGACAUGAGGCUCAUUGAAUCCAUCAACAAAUCUUGGAGAGCUCUUAUUCCCAUGAAAGAAGUAAGUGGUACUGUCCCCUCCUUCCCGACUCUGUCCUCGCUU